CCGCUAUCGUUGGGCUUGCAGCUGCACAUGAAACGCCCUUGAUCGCACUUUCCCUGCACAGCUGUACAUAUUCCCCUCUGCCUUUAAGACACCUUGUUGUACAGCAUAGCAUCAAUUACACUUACAUCAUCUUCCAAAACCACACCAUACACACAUCCCACUCUCUUCACCAUGGGGAAACCCCGCAUGAUCAUAUUGAUUCGCCAUGCCCAGUCAGAGGGAAACAAGAAUCGCGACAUCCACCAGUUCAUUCCCGACCAUAGAGUGAAACUGACACAGCAUGGCUGGACACAGGCAGAAGAAGCAGGGCGACAGUUAAGGUCUCUCCUCAAGCCGGACGAUACUCUCCAGUUCUUCACUUCACCCUACCGUCGCACGCGCGAGACAACCGAAGGCAUCCUCCGUACUCUGACCUCCGACGACCCAACCCCAUCGCCCUUUCCCCGCAACAAGAUAACUGUCUUCGAAGAGCCCCGGAUACGCGAACAGGACUUUGGCAACUUCCAGCCAUGUUCAGCCGAGAUGGAGCGCAUGUGGCAAGAGAGGGCCGACUAUGGACACUUCUUCUACCGUAUACCUGAUGGCGAGAGUGCGGCUGACGCGUACGAUCGAGUCAGUGGCUUCAACGAGAGUCUGUGGAGAUCGUUCCAAGACGACAACUUUCCCAGUGUAUGCGUUUUGGUCACACACGGACUGAUGUCGCGUGUCUUCCUUAUGAAAUGGUACCACUGGUCGGUCGAGUACUUCGAGGAUCUCCGUAACGUCAACCACUGCGAAUUCAUAAUUAUGAAGCGAAGCGAGAACAACGGCCGAUAUAUCCUCCAGAACGAGUUACGAACAUGGUCGGAACUCAAACGCCGUGCUGCGAAGGAGAAGGAGGAGACAAAAAGCGCCACCUCAUCUACGCCGAGCAGAGCCACGCCUUUGACUGGACUGGGCCAAGGAGGCAUCACCGCAUCUCCCACCAUACCCACGCGCCGAUGGGGAGGAUGCGUCAACGGAUGUGACCAUGACAAGAUCAACUACCCCCGUCGACCGAUGCGCAAGAACACUAUGGAGUACAUGGGACAAUCGCAACAGCUGCCCCCACCUGCAGUCUCACAUAUGGAGCCAGUAGAAAGCGAACAGGAAGACCACCCAGUUGCAGCGCAGCAGACUGAUCACGCUCCCAUCAUCAACGAGCCCUCGCCGGCGAAGCUAUCGCGAAAGCAGAGUACUAAGGGUGCCACCAUGCCGGAAAUGCCUCCAACGCCAGCUUCUCCAAACGAUGCGUCCAACGACGCUACAAGCAGUGACGAAGGGGAAGCAACGUCGUCCAUGUCGCGCUCAGGUAGCCAUGCGCAACCGAGAACCGCAGCUGUCCUCCGCCACCUACAACCUCACAAGACACCUGGUGAGGGCUUCUCUGAUGACUCUGACUACUUCCCGGGCAUGCAACAAAUACAACAUCGCAAGUUCCUUCGAGCAAGCUCUACGCAGCGCAGACAAUCCAAAGAACGCAAACUGCAGCGCAAACAGACAGAGCAAAGUUGGAAAGAGGAAUCUGGCAUGGGUAACGGCGUCAGGACCGAUCGACUGGGCGACGGCGACUUCACCAGCGAUGAUGCUGCUUUCGCGAAGGAGAAGGAAGGAGAACCGAUUCUUACGGAAGCGUUAAAGGGCAACAUGAUUGUUGAGAACAGCGAGGAGGAUAGGGAAGCGGCGGAGGAAGAGAAGAAGAUUGGGGAGACGGAGAUUGACAAGAUGCAGGACGCGGAGAGAAAGGGCUUUGGUGAGGUGUAUUGAGCAUCUUGAAUGAAUGGUAUGUCGAGGACGAAUUGGACAACGAUACGGCUGUAGUAACGCAUGUACAAGCGUUCCAAAACGUUUUAACAGCACAAUAUCGAAUCGAGCCGGUCUCGUAAAUCUAUCACGUCAAUCUCU